AUGGGUCUCGGGGAACUGGUUCUUGCGCAGCUGACGCUGACCAAUCUGGUUCUCGGCUAUCUCGCUUAUAUCGUCUUGAAAUUCAUCUAUCAGAUCGUUUAUUAUCGCUUCUUCCAUCCACUUUCGGUCUUCCCGGGUCCAUUCUGGGCGUCCGUCACCCGACUCUGGAUAGCCUGGCAUAAUGUACAGGAGACAGAGCUUGCAGUCGUCUAUGAAGCGACAAAGAAAUAUGGCCCUGUUGUGCGAGUCACUCCUACAUUGCUCGUGGUCAGCGAUCCAACAAAGCUGCCGGAGAUCUACCACCGGAACGCUGAUAAGACUGGCCACUAUAUCACCGGGUCAUUCGGUGAAACUGAGUCGCUCUUUAACAUGAGGUCGCACAAGACCCAUGCCGCGUAUCGCAAGCACGCUGCUGGACCGUACAGUUUCUCCAGCGUUAAACGCAUGGAGCCUCUAAUUGAUGCCCGGAUUAAGGACUGGAUUGCCAAGCUCGACGAGCAAUUUGUCCGCACUGGCGAGGGUUUCGACUUCUCCUGGUGGGCAGUCUACAUGGCAUACGACAUUAUCAGUGAGGUUGGCUUCGGUGCACCUUUUGGCUUCGUCGAGAAGGGCGAGGAUGUCGGUGGACUCAUCCAGGGAUUCCACGACGGUCUCCCUGCAUUUGGUCUUCUCGCGCGUCUUCACCCUUUCACAAGCUGGAUCAAGACAACCUUCUUGAAGAAGUAUCUAGUCGCGAAACCCGAGGAUGACUCGGGAAUUGGUGUUCUCAUGCGCUUCCGCGACAGACUCAUCGAGCAGCGCGUUCAGGACCUCAAAUCAGACAAGGGCUUUUCACGGAUUGACCUGCUUCAGACGUUCCUCGAGGCGCGCACCGAGGACGGCCAGCCAUUGACAAUGGACUACAUCAAGGCAGAGAUCCUGCUUGUCCUGCUCGCGGGCGCUGAUACUACCGGGACAGUCUUCCAGGCGUUGAUCCACUACUUGCUCACCCACCAGGGCGUGUAUGAGCGGAUGAUGGAGGAAGUCGAUGGGGCAUUCAAGAAGGGCCUUGUCAGCGACGAAAAUCCACAGUACCAUGAAAUCCUUGAGCAUCUGCCCUACUUUGUUGCGUGCGUUCGCGAGACCCUCCGGGUGUGCCCACCAGCUCCGAAUAUCUUCCCUCGAUAUGUUUCGGAGCCAGGACUGGACCUGUAUGGAAAGAUGGCCCCCGCGGGAACUGAGAUAUCUGUAAACCCCUGGGUGAUUCAGCGUGACCCAAUUAUCUUUGGAAAAGACGCCGAGGAGUUUAACCCGGAUCGAUGGAUGGAUGCUGAGCGGACUAAGCUCAUGAACAAGUACAUGAUGACGUUUGGGUAUGGCGCCAGAGUAUGCCUGGGCAGAGACAUUGCGAUGAUGGAGCUAUUCAAGGGGCCGCUUCAGUUCUUCCGUCACUACAAGCCGUCUCAGGUGCCAGGGAAGCCGGAGGCGAAGUUUGUGAUCAAGGGAGGUAUUGGAUUCUGGCGGGACAUGUGGAUAACGAUCGACAAGCGCCCCCUGGUAAAGGCACAGUAA